AUGGCUUUGACAUUCAAUUGGAAACUUGCUUCUCUAGCCCUACUAGUGUUAGGAAUGUGGGCCUCUCAUGCCACAUCUCGUGACUUAAGUGAAGCCUCGAUGGUCCAGAAACACGAGAAGUGGAUGGCUCGCUUUGGGCGUGUGUACAGAGAUGAUGCAGAGAAGGCAAAAAGGUUCAAAAUAUUCAAGGACAAUGUUGAUUACAUUGAGUCUACCAACAAGGCUGGAAUUAGGCCUUAUAAGUUGAGCAUCAAUGGAUUUGCGGAUUUGACAAACGAGGAAUUCAGAGCCACUCACAAUGGAUACAAAAUGUCUUCUCAUCGAGAGCCAUCAAGAACAAUAUCAUUCAGGCAUGAAAAUGUAACUGCUCCAGCUACCAUGGAUUGGAGAAAGAAGGGUGCUGUUACGGGAGUUAAGGAUCAAGGGCAAUGUGGAUGUUGCUGGGCAUUUUCUGCUGUUGCUGCUACUGAAGGGAUCAACAAGAUCAAAACUG